UAAUCGAUUCGUUUCAGUCUCUGGCAGCAAAAUCGAUUGUUUCUUAUCAUUUAUCAAUGUUGGUAUUUUCUGUGUAAUUUGUACGCAGAUAAUACAAGCAUUUGUGGACAAAUGGAUAAAAUAUUUCUGGUGUCCGAUUCUGGGACCCGCCUUUGAAGUAAUAUAGGAAGUACAUUAACCGAAAACUGAAUUAAGAAUCAGGAUGGCUUGGACAAAAUAUCAAGCUUUAAUUGCUGUUGUAUUAGUUAUUACUGGAUCGAUAAAUACUCUGAGUACAAAAUGGGCUGAUCGUAUGGAGGCAAAAGGUUCUGGUGACAUACUAAGGAAGUUUAACCAUCCAUUUGUUCAAGCUUGCUCGAUGUUUAUUGGAGAAAUUCUUUGUUUGCUGGUCUUUAAGUUGCUUUACUUUUAUUAUUGGAGGAAACAUGAUGGAUCCCAAGAUGAGAUGAAGCUGUUGAAGGGAAAUCGUUCAUUUAACCCAUUGGUGCUGCUACCACCUGCAAUGUGUGAUAUGGUGGCUACAUCUGUCAUGUAUAUUGGUCUCACUCUUACAUACGCAUCAUCAUUCCAGAUGCUUAGAGGUGCUGUGAUUGUGUUUGUGGGAAUAUUUUCUGUGGUGUUCUUGAAUCGAAGACUGACGAAACAGGAAUGGGGAGGCAUAUUUUUGGUGAUUGGUGGUCUAGCUCUUGUUGGGGUAUCAGACUUCUUUGCACCGUCGAACCCUGCCAAAUUGACUGAAGCAGCCACACCAGCUUCGAAUCAUUCCACAGGAGAUAUCAUCUUAGGUGACCUGCUUAUUAUCGGAGCACAGGUUGUUGCUGCUUCACAGAUGGUUCUGGAGGAGAAAUUUGUUUCAGGAAAUGGCCUUGGGGGGUAUUUUGGGUUUCCUGACUUCAUCCACGUGCCUGAACCAUUCAGUGAUAAUCCCCGCCAUGUUCUAGAAGAUGUACUUGAGGCCUUUCUACAAAUGGGGCAAAAUCCAUUGAUUAUCUGUGCUAUAAUAGGUACCGUCUUAAGUAUAGCAUUCUUCAACUUUGCUGGUAUCAGUGUCACCAAGGAGAUUUCAGCCACAACUAGAAUGGUUCUUGACAGUGUGCGGACACUUUUCAUUUUUGCUGUUACGGUGGCACUGGGUUGGCAGAAUUUCUACUGGUUACAGAUUAUUGGGUUUAUUCUGUUGGUGAUUGGUAUGGGUCUGUACAACAAUUUGUUUGUUGUUCUUGGAGAGAAAUUUGUGCAAUGGAGAAACAGGAAUGCGGAACACAGCGAUAGGGACGUCCUCAUCAGCCACCCUGCCAGUGAGCCGGGAUCUGUAAUAGAUUGAAGGGGUGGAUUAAACCCAUAACUGCUCAAUGUUAAUAUGUAGAGUAUUUUAGCAGAACCAAAAGAGAUCUCAAUUAUAGAACUAUCAGUACUGAGGAAGUACAGGUAACAGUAUGUGAAGCAAAUGCAAGAUAAGUAACAAUGUUUCCCAAAGUCUUAUUUUUGAAUUUUAAAUUUUUUUAAUCAUUUUCAUGGCACUCACUGGGCUUCUGUUUUCAGUAGGACAUUAGCAUCAGUCUAUUUCCAGGGAUUUUCUUUCCACAGAUUUUAGGGCGUAGAUGGCAAACUCUCUUGCCAACUGCUACCAAAUUUAUGUUAGAAUUUAUUUGCCAGUAAGAAGUGAUGCAGAUAUCCCCAUUAGUCUAUUGAAACCCUGGUGGAUGUGUUGGGGUGUCUUCAUAUACACGUUUUUAGAGAUUUUAAAAUUUAUGACUCGUAUGAGAUUUUUUUGAGCGGCGCAACUGACACUUUGACUUUUUAAGUUUGUUUUUAAGUAUUUCAUGCAUUAAAAUAUCCAAUAAUAAGUGGUAUUAAUAAUAAAAUUCAACAUUUUGUGUCUGCAUCACGUUCCCUGAUGGGCAUGGAAGAGAUUUGAUGCAAGUAUGAUUCGGAUGCAAGAACACGAAUAGCAAAAGUGUGUAUAACAAGAUUCACCUGAACAUGAAUUUUAUGUACAAUAACAAACUUAGCUCCAGUAAAUAUUCAAUUCUAAAGGGUUUUCACGACAGUAGUUUACACUUAAAAUUAUUCAUUGUCGAGACUUUUUCCAUCGUCUGUUCUUUAAAACCAUGACGUUUCGGAGGCUGGUCCUGUCUCCGUCUUCAGGUUAGAAGAGACAGAACCAGCCUCCGAAACGUUGUGAUUUUAAAGAACAGACGAUGGAAAAAGUCCUGACAAUGAAUAAUUUUAAGUCUAGUAAAUAUGUCUUAUUUUUAUAGUCUGAUUAUUCUACAUAUUUUAGUGAAAUAUCUUUUAUUAGAUUAUACAUUAUUGUAAAAUUUUAAGUUCAUGUAUAUACUACCCGAAAUCCAGAGUACAUUAAUGUGAUGAAUAUAUAGAUAUGUUAUUUUAUGAAGUAUUUUAAGAAACUGAAAUAUGCCGUAAAGUUAUUUUUAUCAGUUGCGUAACUGCCUGAGAAUAGGUCGCAGCUAUUUUCUCAUCUGCUGGAAUUGUAUAAUGAUAUUUACAGUUCCAACUAAGGUUUGUAAACGUUUUAUAUGUGGAUGGAAUGUGGUAAUCUUUAAAUCGUUAGUCCUGCUGGGUAAGUAGCAGAUUUUGCAAAGAAAGUCACUAAUGUUGCAGGUGAUGAGUUUAUAAAUUUAAUAAGAUGUUACAACCUAAUAUAAUUGCAGUAUAAUUUUUAUAAAUACUUUUGUGCCGUGAUGGAACACGUACUAUCGCAAGUCCAAAUUAUUAAUUAAGCAAUAGUACAGUGAAUUAUUUUAUAAAGAAGUUCCAGCUGUGUGUUAUGCAGACUGUAUUUUAGAAAUAGCCAAGUGAAAUUUGAGGUUCUCGCAGUGGCGAGUACGACUUCUUACCAGGUCUGACUUAUUAAAGCUUGCUGAUUAUUGAAAGAAUUUUGUUCCUGUGUUGCUGUCCGUCCAGUACUGCUGUUCGGUAACGUAACUGAAGUAAUGCUUGGGCAAGAAGAAUUAAAACGAUGUAACCUGCGUUUAACCGGAAACUACACUUUAGAUUCCGUUUGCUUGCUUGUUUGAUAUAAGUGUCUUCCUGUAUUAUUAUUCAUCAAUUGUGAAUAUUUUUGUAGAGGAGGCAUAUCUUGGGUAUUUCUUGAAGUUUAUUACUGUUUAUGGCUAAUUUUUGCAUAAGAUUGUCCUUAAAUCGAUUCUUGUCAACAUUGGCUUUCGUAGGAAAUUAAUACUGGGUAGUUUGAGUACCGUACAACAAAUGGUUCAUCUCAGAAUUAAUAAGAUAUGUCCGUUUUUCCGUAUGGUUAACUUUCUGCCUGUGUUCCAUACGUCUGUAUUAAAUAAUAAUUUUCUUUAAUCAUAUGCUUAGUCUUUCCAGAAAUUGGUAUAUUGUAUCAACAUUUCUGUAAGUAUUUGGCCUACAAAAACAAAUUGAAUCAAACUGUGUUAAAUAAUAUUUUCAGCGAUAUUCUGGUGUAAUUUAUAUGUCGCAUGUUCAGGAUUAUUUUUAAUAUUUUGGCAUUUUGUGCAGUUGUGAUUGCUAUGAGAAUAUGCCGAGUAAAAAGGGACAAAUUAAGCGUGUGGUCGUGUUUCCUUCCCUGCUGUGUUGUAUUGUUAGGUAGUAAUUUAAAAUUGCGGUAUAUUUAUUGUGUUGAAUUUUUUGGUAUUCGGUCUUAUUAGAGUUUUUGUACCUUUUGUUUUAGUGCUUAAAAUAAAAUGCAGACUCACGAUA